UCACACACACUCCAUGUGCCUUUGUUUUUCCAUUCUCCCCAUAAAUACUCUCCUUUCCCAAUUCUAAUUCCCCACAACUCAAAUUUCAAACUUCAAGUGAUCCUUUAAUUUUCCCUUCUCCACACAUCAAGAACCAAAAAUGGCUCUAAAGAAAUCAAGCAAACAUAUUACUCAAAGUGCAGCCCUAAAACAAAUCUUGAAAAGGUGUUCAAGUUUUGGAAAGAAUGAGAAUGGCCUUCCUCAUGAUGUACCAAAAGGCCACUUUGUGGUAUAUGUUGGUGAAAAUAGGAGUAGAUACAUAAUUCGAAUUUCUUGGUUGGCACAUCCUGAAUUUCAAAGUUUACUUCAAAGGGCUGAGGAAGAAUUUGGAUUCAACCAUGAUAUGGGACUUACUAUCCCUUGUGAUGAAGAGGAUUUCUGCUCUUUAAUCUCCUCGUUCUAGAUUGAUAAGAUAAAUGUAAGGUAAAAUUGCGCACAAAAGAUCCGACCAUUCUUUGGAUCACAACUGAAGCUUGGUGCAUCGGGCUACCCUUUAAAUCAGCGAGACACUAUUGAAGAUGAUGAUGGCCAACAAGUGAAUAUGGUUCAAUUUUUUUAACUUAUUAUAAAGAAAUCCCUUCCAACACUUUUGUGGGGUUGAGUUUGUACAAUCACAUGUUACUGAAUAUUUUGAUCAGUGGUGUUAAAUAUGCACCCGUUUCAAUA